UAAUUUGCCCCCUCGGAGUCGCCGUCGUGGACGUGACGUCAUCUCUAGCCGCUCAGCCUGUGAAGCGGAUGACGGACCAAAACAUCGACUCUAAGCCGUCGUUCUUCGCCUUUGGUGCCUGGAGGCGCUUUCCAUCCCGACCAUGGACGGUAUCACGGCGCCUCUUCGGUGUUUCAGGGAGUGGCACCCCGCGGAGAAGUUUGCGGAUGACGGCGUGCAAACUGUGACUUCAGUGGAGCAGAAGAAAGUGGAACACUCCAUAGAGGAGGUCGUGGCUGUUUACAAGCAAAUGCACAGCUUACCAGAGCCGACGCUCCUGCGGGAACAGCACUACCAGUAUCUCAAGAAGGGCCUGCGCCAUCUGUCGGACGCCUACGAGUGCCUGGACGCCAGUCGGCCGUGGCUCUGCUUCUGGAUCCUUCACAGUCUGGAGUUACUGGAGGAGCCCAUUCCAUCGGCCAUCGCCUCAGACGUCUGCCACUUCCUGUCCCGCUGUCAGAGUCCGAGCGGAGGUUUCGCCGGCGGCCCGGGUCAACACGCCCACCUGGCUCCCACCUAUGCCGCCGUCAACGCGCUCUGCAUCAUCGGAACCCAGGAGGCGUACGACGUCAUCGACAGGGAGAAGCUGCUGGACUUCCUGUGGUCAGUGAAGCAGCCAGAUGGAUCCUUCGUGAUGCACGUCGGCGGAGAGGUGGACGUCAGGAGCGCGUACUGCGCCGCCUCAGUGGCGUCGCUCACCAACAUCAUCACGCCAAAGCUGUUCGAGGACACCACCAACUGGAUCCUCAGCUGUCAGAACUGGGAAGGCGGCCUCAGCGGCGUCCCCGGCCUGGAGGCUCACGGCGGCUACACCUUCUGUGGCACCGCCGCCCUGGUCAUCCUGGGCCAGGAGAGCAUGCUGGACCUCAAGGCUCUGCUGCGCUGGGUGGUCCGCAGGCAGAUGAGGUUCGAGGGCGGCUUCCAGGGCCGCUGCAACAAGCUGGUGGACGGGUGCUACUCCUUCUGGCAGGCUGGGCUGCUGCCGCUGCUCCACAGAGCACUCUUCAAAGAAGGUGAGACGGCGCUGAGUCGGCAGAAGUGGAUGUUCGAGCAGCAGGCUCUUCAGGAGUACAUCCUGCUCUGCUGCCAGAACCCGGCUGGAGGUCUGCUGGACAAGCCCAGCAAGUCCAGGGACUUCUACCACACCUGCUACUGCCUUAGUGGUCUCUCCAUCGCACAACACUUCGGGAACUCAGACCUCCACCAUGAGACCAUUCUGGGCCGAGACGAGAACCGGUUGGCCCCCACUCACCCCGUCUACAACAUCUGUCCAGAAAAAGUGGCUCUGGCUCUGCAACACUUCCAUCGGCUGCCGGUUCCAGACAACGCCGCAGGUCCAUCAGAACCGACUGCUAAAUAACGUCGGGGGACCCGAUCUGUGCGCCGUGCUCAGGAGCGGCAGCAGGAAGUGAGGUCACCGGCGCACAGUUUCUCAGUCAGGUCCCUGCUUUUCUCAGAAAUAAGUUAAUAAAUGUUUAUGAAAGCUUUUGUUAUA